AUGCCAAAAGCAGCUGAGGGCCAGUGGACCUUGGAGGAGCUUAUUUUCAAGACCUUUUUCGUCGAAGACUUGCUUGGGGAUAUGAGAAAAAGGUUUCAAUUACUCCUUCUAUUUUGUAGUUGAAUUUUUUUGACUAUCUAAGAUUUACAACUCGCUUAUAAUAUUACAUGAUACACUACGACUACUAAAUCUAAACUACGUAGUACGUCGUGUUGUACGUGUUGUCCACCCUACUUGUCUCUAGGUUAUUCAGCUUCGUCCACGACCAUAAGUGUACGCUUGACGCAAAAGCCCGUGAAACGCUGGCUAGAGAGGACGAACGGAUUAACAUGGAGCUGGAUCAAACCCUUCGAAGGCACACCAACCGAAAGGGUGAAGUACAAGUGGACUGGUACUACUUUUUUUGUUCUUUUGUCUGGACUCCACUUCCUGUCUUUGACACUGAAACCUCGUUGGAACCACUGUUUCUUCUCUUGACACAGCACUUGAUAUGAUUAUUUUGGCCUCCAUCUAAUCCUACAGGUACAACCCUCGCAACACCAUCAUCGAGAAGCACAAGAACCGGUUUGAACGUCACAUGAUAAGCAUCGCACAGAAGAGCAGCGCGCAGGAAGAUGAGGGGGAAACUUGCUAUCUGGCCAUCAGUGACGCAGAGGGCGUCUAUCAUGAACGCCUUGGAGCCUUCACGGAGAAGCUGCAAGAAGGUACAUUGUCUGUUCUACGUAGGAUUAAAUUUUCUAGUCGUGCCUCACUCCUGAAGGCAAAUGGGAAUUACAUUUUCUAGUCGUGCCUCACUCCUGAAGGGGGCACUCAACCUGUGACCUUCCUCACCCCAUGCAGCCGUGUCAACAUCAAUCUGCUCCUUCUUCACCAUCCCCAUCAAUCUGUCCCUGCACCAAUCCCCUCCAGCUCGCAAUCUCGCUGCUCUGACUGCUGUAGAACGGAAAGGGAAAGACAGUUGCGCGCAAUUCAUAGACGUGUGUCGGUCACGGGCAGAAACGCUAUUAACUCUGGCUGAACAAGGAAUCCAAUCUCUAGUGGCGUCCAACCGGGAUUUUGUACGGAUGUGCAAGGCUGGCGGCGACUCCUACAGCAAAAGCGAGAUCGUUUACUACAAAGAGCAGACGACGAUACUGAAUACCGCUUUGGAGCAGAAGAAAGAGGAACGAAUAUUCGCGCUGGAUUAAGGCUACACCUCCAUAUUGAUAUUGGAUGACUCAUUUCUUGAAAACUAGCGCGGCUUCAGAACAACUACAAAGAUGAAUGUCGACUCAUAUCUUGAAAACUAGCGCGGCUUCAGAACAACUACAAAGAUGUACUUCUAGACAUCACUGUUAUUAUUUUUUUUCUAUCAACGAACAUCACUCAGCAGAUGUAGUCCUUCUUUAAUUCCCAGACAAGAAAGGCAAGCUUCCGGCGAUGCAGCAGGAGCCCCUAGACAAGUUUUUGCAGGCCUAUGGAGACGCAGUUGACAAGCUUUCUCAGGAGUUGGGCUUAGGACCCGUCUUUAAGGCUGUACCUAAUACAUCUUUGGACGUAUCCUUGGAACAACGUAUGGAGGAGUAUCCCAAGCGAAUACUCCCCCAUACUUUUCAAGGAUGCACUUGAAAGAUGAAUUACGGGUAGCUCUAACGUCUAUGGCGCGCCACGCAGAAGAGCACAAGAGGCCUGUAGGACCAUAAUGAGUCGAACGGAAUCCACGCUGCAUGGGAUAGGUACUUCAAUAAACGGAAGUUGUGCUCCUGUGUACAACGAACAUGUGCUCUUCAAGAAUCUAGAAGAAAAUUGGGAUGAAAACAUGACUGAAGAUUUGUUGUGGUUUUCGAGAAGACUCAUUUUUAACAGCAGAGCCAGAGGAGUACGACUACUCCCGGGCUUCCCAUAUUCUUGUCAACUACAAUACAGGUCAAUACGUAAUGUACUUCAAGGACUGCAUGGCCAAAAGGGAGGAGGCGCGGCCAUUGACACUAGACUAUCAAUUGCGAAAGCAACGGAGUUGGAAGGAACUACAGCCACCGCCAGCGAGUGAGAUGAUGGGCGCUUUUGAGAUCAUUCUAGUAGGAAUAAUCGCAUUGGGAAAGCAUUUGGAGGCGUUCAAGUCAAAGUUUACAGAGCGCUACAUUAUGAUCUAUCAUCAAAUCAUCGGCUUACACUCUCGUACUUCUUCUUGCACACGACCACAGUAUAAUCGUCAGAUGUGCUGCUCUACUACUCGGGACUCUAAACGAUCUAAUCUACUAUGCAUAGGUUUUGUUUUCCACUAGACGGUACGUAUGUUUUCUUCCUCUAAUCUCGAGCAAGACGAGACAGAGGUGCGUGGAAUGUGCCGUCUUGACGAGAGCCUGUACAAAUGUCCGGAAGGAAAUGCGUUGGAGAAGAAGGAGAAGCUGCUGUUGGAGGACAUAAGUAUCAGUCUCUUAGGGCCGAUUCCGACGAGUGACCUGUACACCCCUGCCAUCGCGAAGGUGGAGCAAGCUGGUAAAGACGCAUACAAAAGUGGGGUACCUGACUUCAUGGCGAAGUUCUUGGCAGACAUGAAGGUCUCAACAGAGAUGCACAGACGGAAGAACUUUAUGACAUUCCAAUUCGAUUUUCAUUAUCAGGAUCAUAUUUGUUUCCUAGUUAGGUGUGCUCCAGCGAUAUUAUCAGGAUCAUAUUACUUAUUCAAUUUCAAGUACAACUAGUUGCACUUCUUCUGUUUCAUUCUCUCUUUUCAUUCCCUGCGCCGGGUUGCGAAGUUUGUGUGAGGAGCUGAGGGACAGCACUCUUUUGCUCUUCGGACCGUCUGUCUUUGACGACUUCCUCCUUCGAGCACUGGGAGAACUCAAAGCGGCUGUGAAUUUAUGUUCCGGUUUUUGCCUCCAUUUCUUUCACUAUUUCUUUUACCUCGUAAUACUUUGACUAUUUCUUUGACUAUUUCUUUUACUCUGAACGACCUACGUACCACGUACUACAUUAUGAACAAGAACCUACCAUGUAUCAUCUCUGAAGUAGAUCUAAAAUCCGCGAUGAACAGUGUCAUGAGUAAAGGCAUCGCAGAGUUGGACCAGCGUAGGCUUUCACACGAGACAAGGCUUACGCCAAGUUUAGCGAAUCCGAAUAACGCUAGAAUACUAAAGAAGCUGAAGGACGAUGAGGCGGAGAGAUAUAGGGAUGCGUUGGCGAGUACUUACUUUUUCGAACACCAUUAGUAGACUACUAGGUAGAAUUACUGUGAGCAUGCUAGAGAAUACAAAGGCAACAACUAGAAUAUCUCUGUGCAUGCUUGCUACAUUUUCGAAUACCCUUUAUCAUGAGGACCAUUACUGAGUGUUCGUUCUUAGAAACUCUGGCCUCUUUCUAUUCAGAAGUGUCCUUUUCACCAGGUGUCAACAAGUGGAAGUUGCAGUGGGCUAACCUUCUGCACCGGGAAGCAGUGAAUUUCUUGCAUCGACUAGUUAAGGGGAGUUGUUGCAGAAGUGCAUUCAAGUAGUAAACUCAUUUCUGGUGGCUCAUUUCUUCACGGUAGAUGAAAAGCACUCCUGUACUUGAACAACAAAAACAACAACAUCUUCAACAAGAGAUGCAUGAUGCAGAGGACGUUCUUAUGGGGAUAGAGAGAGCUUUAAUCUCGUUGUCAAUUUCCAGACUUUGAUGCGGUGCGUGGAUUCUCUGCCGCUAGGGACGCAUUACAACCCACUACCAGGAGACGAGAAUGUAGAAACGCAGCGAAUGAGUAUCAAGCGGAGAAAAAGGCGGGUGUUUGCAGGUCACCAGGGAGAGAUAGUAGUCGAUGAUGAAACUUUGCCCCCUCGUAGUUGGGAAGGAGUAGAGACCAGUCUGUGGAAGCUGGAGUCGUCGAGGACUGGUGAGUCAUCUGCUUCUGAUGAUACAUCAUCAACCCCAUCGUUUUGGGCAAGCGAGAACGACUUUCUGCAGGCACGGAUCUUAUGUCGAAAACUUAUAUAUUUUUUUCGAAAAAUUCACCUUGAUCUCCUCGAUACUUUCCAGCAGUGUAGGUUUUUUCUCUAGUCACAGACUAGUACCUAGAUGAAGAUGAACAGCUUAGUAGAACAGUUGCUUGUUGUAGCAUUUUCUUUUUACAACAGGAUCACGACUCUACUAAUUACCGAAAACCCCGCUUCCGCACCUACGUCACUUACCUACGAGACACCCCCAGCGGCAUCUGCCAUACCAGGUGUGACCAAUGUUGCAGUGGCGUCCUUUUCUGUAGUUGGCCUUUUUGAAGCGGAACAAGCUGCGUUGUUGCGAGCCGAGGUUUCACCGACAGUCGAAAGCUUCAGGUCUCCUGCACAUAAGAUCAUCUUUCACUUAUGGCAUUUGACACCCAUUAAUGGCAGCUACUCGAGGAUUUAUUCCAUCUUUAGAAGGAAAGCAAAGCAUCUUGAAGGGCUUUUCAAAAGCACAACUACAGCUUUUCAGAAGAGCAACAAUUUCCAUUUGGAAAGCAGCUCCCAGUAAAGUGCUUAAGUUUUCAACGAUAGAUGUAUGUUGACCUCCAUUUUGAGCAUAAGUAGAACUUCUAAUCCCCAAACGAAAUGCCGUUUACGAGGAAUACAAAGCAGCCUUUUUGAGGGAGGUUGCGGAAGCUACAGAGUCUGUUAAACAACGGCUGGAGAAGGAAGAUGCUGGCGAAGGCAACUGGCAGAAUAUGUGCGAACAACUGGUGUCAGGGGGCAAAGACGAUGACUAGAAUUAUAGAGGAGGUGGAGAUAGCGUUGAAUUCCUAUGAUGUUUUUCUUCGCAGAUACUGGUAAAAACGACACUUAAUGAGUAACUUCUUCGACAUCAAAUACUAAUACGGCAAAACUACACCAAAACUUUUAUAGAUCCGCAUCAGUUAUAUUGUCUGCGAAAACAAGCAGGUUGUUGUUAGAAUGCAGAACAGUUUCUCAGUAUGGUAUCAUUCUCUUCGUUUAGUUUUGCUCUCGAAAUCGAAGGAACAUUUACUACUUUUUUUUGAAUAUGAUCAUUCGAUCGUAGCUUGAUUCCAGUUGAUCUUUUUUUUUGCUUGGACGAACGUGACAGACGUGCUUCUUUCGGAUUCGAGAUUCGCAUUUUCAAUCAGAUGAUUAGACUUAGCACAGAAGGAAUGACUGUGUUGAAUUCGAAACUCGUUUGGCACUACUCUGUGGCAGAAAGGACUUUGUUGCAGAGAGAGACGAUAAUAUGGAGAAGCCUCGUGCUUUGGCUCUGCGCAGGAAUGGAGACGGUCUAUGGAGG